AUGUUAUCGUUAUUUCAAAGUGAGAUGAAAAUGUUAUUGUUUUGUCUCCUAGCUCUAUUGAGCUCUUGCUUAGCAGACAUUGAUAUUUAUGGAGAAAAUUAUGACUAUGGAGCAAAAGAUCAAUAUGAAACAUACAUAAUUCAUGAACAAUCAUUUUACAGUCUUCAGAUUGAUGCUCCCGCGGAUUCACUUGGUUCACUCGCAGCUGUAAGCUUAAUAAAUGAUGGUUCUUACUAUAUUACCAUUAGAUCUAGUAGCUCUAAUGCAGGUGUUUAUUUCGGUAGUUUUGAAACUGAAUUGGAUGCUGAUACGAUCGGAGAAUUCGAAAACUCCGGACUUGUUGUUCUUAGUUCACUUAAAUCGUCCACAUCGGCUAUAUUUUCCAUUACUGUCAAUGGCUUUACUAAUUCAGGUUAUUUGUACUUGGGUGCUGACGGUGCUGAAGGAGAUGCAGAUGUUGUUAUAAGAGCUGCUUCAUGGGAAAACACUGGAUUGAUUCAAUUUACCCAAAAUCAUCGUGGGAACGGAGAAAUUUUGCUAAACGACGCACUUACAUCGAUAACACAAGAUGGUACUAUUUGUAUUCAAAAUCACCAGUAUGUGCAGAGUACCGAGUUCUACGGUGAAGGAUGUAUUAUUCUUGAGGGAGACACUAUGUUAACCUUAAAUCCGAAUUAUGAUUGGAGCCAGACAAUUAUUAUGAAUGGACCAAAUACUAGAAUACACAUUGACACGGAUGCUUUAGUUUCAGGACACACUUAUAAGGUUAUUGGUUUUGGGAGCAUGAACCUGAUUUCCGUGCUGGCGGAAGUAGAUUCUGAUAUUUCUUAUCUGGCUGAUACUGGACUUAUUACAAUGGAUGUAGAAGGAGUAGUUAUUUAUUUCGACGUUGGUUUUGGGUACGGCCAAUUGAAUUCUGGAGCUGCUGAUGGUGGCACUAGUUUUCUUGUUAGGUAUAAGGGAGUGGUUCCUGCAGAUUCAAACCAAGCGCCUACCACCUGUAUCUCAUGUCAGCCAUUCCCAACAGACCCUGGUGCUACUCCAAGAUAUACCACAACCACAGUAACUGGGCCAGAAACUACCGAAACCCUCGAAUUAUUGUAUACAACAGAUGAAGAUGGCUAUUGGACAACGACUACCAGCACACUUGUUGACCACUACGACACCACGUACAUAACCGAUGGUCAAGAAAUAAAUGCCUUAGUCAGCCUUACAACAGAUGAAGCUGGUGAUACUUCGUGGGUUACUUCAACAUAUCCCUAUCAUCACACAUAUUAUACUACUUAUAUAUCUGACGACGUUUCCUACUCAGCCGAAGUGAUCGUUUCAACCGACCCGGAAGGUAACUUUUAUACUACCAGUAGCAACAUCCCAAAUCCAACCUCAUAUCUGACUACUUUUGUGGAAGACGAUACAACUUACAGUGGCUACGUCAUCGUCAGUAAAGAUGUUGAAGGUGAUUGGUACACUUCAACAUCAACGGAACCAAAUCUUGCUUCAUAUACAACUACAUACACCGACGAAGAAGGUACAAGGACUGGUAUUGUUUGGGUAACUACUGAUGACAAUGACGACUGGUACACCAGUACACUGGACUUCGUGGAAACAUCAUACACUACAACAUACACGGACGAAGAUGGUACAAAGACUGGUAUUGUUUGGGUUACUACUAAUGACAAUGAGGACUGGUACACCAGCACCCUGGACUUCGUGGAAACUUCAUACACUACUACAUAUACUGAUGAAGAAGGUAAAAAGACUGCUAUUGUUUGGGUAACUACCGACGAUAAUGAGGAAUGGUACACUAGUACUCUGGAUAUCUUCGAAUUUACCUCGUAUACUACUACGUAUGUCAAUGAUGAAGAGAAAACCAGGACUGGUGUUGUUAUUGUUAGCACAGAUGAGAAUGAGGAAUGGUACACUAGUACUCUGGAUAUCUUCGAAUUUACCUCGUAUACUACUACCUAUGUCAAUGGUGACGAACUUACCAGGACUGGUGUUGUUAUUGUUAGCACAGAUGCGAAUGAGGAAUCGUACACUAGUACUCUGGAUAUCUUCGACUUUACCUCGUAUACUACUACGUAUGUCAAUGAUGAAGAGGAAACCAGGACCGGUGUUGUUGUUGUUAGCACAGAUGAGAAUGAGGAAGGGUGCACUAGUACUCUGGAUAUCUUCGACUUUACCGCAUAUACUACCACCUAUGUCAAUGGUGACGAACUUACCAGGACUGGUGUUGUUAUUGUUAGCACAGAUGCGAAUGAGGAAUCGUACACUAGUACUCUGGAUAUCUUCGACUUUACCUCGUAUACUACUACGUAUGUCAAUGAUGAAGAGGAAACCAGGACCGGUGUUGUUGUUGUUAGCACAGAUGAGAAUGAGGAAGGGUGCACUAGUACUCUGGAUAUCUUCGACUUUACCGCAUAUACUACCACCUAUGUCAAUGGUGACGAACUUACCAGGACUGGUGUUGUUAUUGUUAGCACAGAUGCGAAUGAGGAAUCGUACACUAGUACUCUGGAUAUCUUCGACUUUACCUCGUAUACUACUACCUAUGUGAAUGAUGAAGAGGAAACCAGAACAGGUCUUGUUAUAAUAUCAAAUGAGGAUGCUACUUUGUACACAACCUCAAGCGAUAUUGAAGGUGAGCCUUAUUCAUACACUACUACAUAUGUUAAUGAUGAAGGGCUUAGUAGGACUGGUGUUGUUAUUGUUACUACAGCUGAGAAUGCGAGCUGGUACACUACUACUUUGGAAAUCUUAGGAGUUACCGUAUCUACAUCUAGCUUCGUUGAUGAUGGAGAUGAGACCAUAGAUAGUGGUGUUGUUAGUUCAAAUGAUGGUGUGAAUUUUUACACUUCCACACCUGACAUUGAAAGUGAGUCUUAUUCAUACACCACCGCAUAUGUUAAUGAUGAAGAACUGACAAGAAUUGGCGGUGUUAUUGUUAGUACAGAUGAGAAUGAUGAAUGGCACAUAACUACUCUGAACAUCUUCGAAUUUACCUCGUAUACUACUACCUAUGUCAAUGAAGACGAAGAAACCAGAACCGGCGUUGUUAUUAUUAGCAGAGGGGAGAAUAAAAGCUGGUACACUACUACUCUGAACAUCGUGGGAUUUGCUUCAUAUACGACUACUCAUGUGAAUGAAGAAGGACAUACUAAAACUGUUGUUGUUAUUGUUAGCACAAAUGAGAAUGAAAGCCGGUAUACCACUACUCUGGACAUCAUGGGAUUUAACUCAUGGACUACUACCUAUGUGAAUGAUGAAGGACUUACCAAAACUGGUGUUGUUAUUGUUUCUACCGUCGAGGGAGCUAAUAUGUACUCGACUACAAGUGAUAUUGAAGGUGAUGCUUAUUCAUAUACCACUAUGUAUGUUAAUGAUGAGGGGAUUACUAAGACUGGUGUUGUUAUUGUUUGUACCGAUGGGAAUGAAAGCUGUUAUACUACAACUCUGCAGAUCUUGGUAUUAGUGCCAUACACUACAACCUACAUCAAUGAUGAAGGAAAGACUAGGACUGGUUUUGUUGUAGUUUCUACGGAUGAUGGUGCUCAUGUGUACACUACUACAAGAGAUAUUGCAUAUAAUCCAUUCUCGUACACAACUACUUAUGUUAACGAAGAUGGUGAGACAAGGAUUGGUAUCGUUAAUGUUAACACAGAUGAUAAUGAGAUUUGGGAUACUACUACUCUGGACAUCUUGGGAUUUACCUCGUAUACUAAAACCUACAUCAGUGACCAGGGAGAAACAUGGAGUGAUAUGGUUAGUAUUGGUACUGACGAAGGAGCUAGUUUUUACACAAGCAGAAGAGAGAUUGAACAUAAUUCUGAUUUAUUCACAACUACUUAUGUUAACGAACAUGGUCAGACAAGGAAUGGCGUGGUUAUCGUGAGUACAGAUGUUAAUGAGAGAUUGUAUACUACUACUCUAGACGUUGGGGCCCAUAUUACUUCCUAUGGUGAUGACCGUAUUCCAGAGGUAAAUGAAAUGCUAGAUACUGGUACCUAUCACAAACCUGUGUUUGGCUUUGUUGUUCUAUGUCUCAUUUUAGCGAUCUUAUCGUAG